AUGAGCUCAAAACUUGGCGACUCGUCUACAAAGAUGAAAAUGCUUAUUACAAGAGUGACGGAGCAAUUGGCUCACACCUCUACUGCCGAUGUCGGAGUUUUGGGAUGGAAAAAAUCCAAAUUGACCAUUUUCGAACAGGAACGAGACGGCAGGAUGAUCAAAAGCGCAUGUUGGUUACUAUCUUUCCUUCGUCUCGAAAAGUGUGUUGUCAAUUUAUUCAAGACUUGGAAAACCUCGGGAAAUGAUAAUGCGGAUGUUUCGAUAGCUGCUGAGAUAAGACUUCGAAUGCUGGCGCAAUCAACGGAACCCAUCGUACCUCUCCAUAAAGUUGAAUUCGAAGUGAUUCAAGGCUUUUGGGGUGACAUUGACUUCGAGUACAAGGAAGCAGAAACGUCAUUGAGGCUUAUUACGGACGAUAAUUCCGAAAAUGUGACAGUCGAGAUAUCCGUGGAGGGACACGAAGAAGGUACGAAGGAAAUUGUGGAGCUGCAUGCAAAUCAUCUCGAUCUGGUUUUGUACACCGAUCCAGAAACGAGCCACGAUCUCCCACCAUGCAUUGUCGUCCGGCUCACUAGUGACGCAUUCAAGUGCAUUGAAGAGCAAAUCCCGGAGCACUACAAAAAGUGGCAGAAGCUCUUGGAUGACGGAAAACAGAUAUUCAAAUCCUUUUCUGACACGCUCAUUUUUGUGGUGCAUCCUGAGAAAAUCACAACAUGCGAAGCUGGAAGCGACAUCCCGGAAAUCGAGCGAUGGGCUGAUGUAGGGAACAUUAUGGAUCGAAUGAAAAAAAGCUGGAAAAAGUGUCUCGGUAAGAAAUUGGACUGGAGCGAGCCUUACUUUUGCCACAACUGUAUUGAAUCGAUCGAAAAAAUUGACUUUCAAAUCCUCUUCAGUCAAUUUGGAUUAAAGAGCAUGACGUCAAACAUCGCACUCUCCACAAACGAGUUUCUCCGAGUAUUCAAAUGUGAACCACCAGAGUCCAACGAAGAAGAUGUCGAGUACGAGGAAAUUUCGGGCGACAGUUCUGGUGACGAUGAGCCGGUGGCAGAUGUCGAAGAGGAAGAGAUUAAGCUCAUUGAGGCGGAAUUGCUGCGUCAACGAGGAGAAGAACCGGAGGAGGAGGCUGUCACUCAUCGAUCCUCAUUUCCAGGCCCACCGUCCGCCAAAAAACAACGAACGGAAUGA